AUCGUGGAGCCAAAAGAAAAUAUAAAGAAGCCAGGAAACAAGAAAGUUGUCCAAUUUGUGUAUUUCUUUGGAUCUGAAAAUUAUGCCUGGAUUCAGGAAGAGAACAUCUACAGGUACCCAGAGUACAAGAGCAAAUAUGAAGGAAGCUCCCGCAUCCCCAAGGGAUUCAAAGAAGCGCUGGAGGCUAUUGAGAAUGAACAUCAGGCCUUGUUGGCAUCAGGGAAGCUGGAAGACUUACCAUCCGUCGAUGACGAAGUGACAUUGAUGCAUCCAAAAUCCCCGAGCCCAGACCGUGACGCAUCCCUCCCAGCCAGUGCUAAAAAGGUAGCCAAAAAGAUGAAAGAACCAAAAGAAGGAAAAGAGCCACAAAACAGAAAGAGUAAGCUCAAGUCUCCAGUACGGAAAGGAGUCGGCACCAAACGGCCAAGCAGUUCAGGCGACGCCGGAACACCAUCAUCCACCAAAAAAUUUUUCAUGUCAAAAAACAGUAAACCAGCUGACCAAGAGGGCAGCACUAGAGGGGACGAGUCCAUGAGAGAAUCCUUCCACUUCACACACAUGAUGGGCUCGGCCGACAUCUCUGUCAGCACCAAGCUGGAGGAGUAUGACGAGGUGGAGUCUGAGGAGAAGAUCAGCAGUAAAACUGUCAUUCCCACACCACUCCGCAUCGGCUUCCUGGGGCUUGGGAUUAUGGGCCAGGGCAUGGUGAUGAACUUGCUGAGGUCAGGCCACGAGGUCACCGUGUGGAACAGGACUGCUACAAAGUGUCGGGAGUUUGUAAAAGCUGGAGCCCUGAAAGGCAACAACCCUGCAGACGUUGUGCAGUCAUGUGACAUCACAUUCACCUGUGUGGCAGACUCUACAGCCGUCAGAGACAUCAUGUUUGGAAACAUGGGAGUCCUCGACGGGAUAUCAAAAGGCAAGUGUUAUGUGGAGAUGUCAACAGUGGACGAGGAGACAGUGCAGGAUGUAGCAGAUGCAAUCAUGGCCAGGGGUGGAGCAUUUCUGGAAGCCCCAGUUUGUGGAAGCCGAGUGCCAGCCUUGGAGGGGCAGUUACUCAUCUUGUGUUCCGGAGACAGGAAGCUCUUCGAUGAUUGCUACUCUUGUUUCGAGGCCAUGGGCAAGAAGUCGUUUUAUCUCGGCAAUGAGGUUGGCACGGCAACACGCAUGAAGCUCAUCCACAACAUGAUACUUGGCAACAUGGUGGCCAGUUUGGGGGAGGGCAUGGCGCUGGCAGAGAAGGUUGGCAUCGACCUGGAGGAUUUCUCUGAGGUUCUGUCCCUGGGGUCCUUGUCUUGUCGUACCAUCAACCAUAAAUGUCAAGCAAUCCUGAAUGGACGCUUUGACCCCCAUUUUCCCCUGCAGCACCAACAGAAAGACCUGCGCCUCGUGCUGGGCCUCGGGGACAGUGUGGAGCAGCCCUUACAUUUGGCGGCCGCUGCCAACGAGUUGUUCAAGAAAGCCAGAAGGAUGGGCUUCGGCGAAGGCGACGUGGCUGCGGUUUUUAAAGCAGCCAAUGAGUUCAAUCCAGGUGAAGAUGCAGGGUCAGUUUCCAGAGAUGUGAGCCUGACAAAGUGA